AUGGAUCACCAGUUUCUUGGUGUCGAGCCUGUGGAUCAGCUCCACCCGACCUCUCCGCAUCUCCCCGUUCCUAACCGUGUGAUGAUGCCCUCCAAGGCUGUUCCCACCACGUUCCCAAUGAGCUCCAACGUACCUAUGGCUCCCAUGAUGCUGACUUUGGGUUCCAAACAAAUGCAUGCUUUCGAUAUACCCACAAUGGGCUCGCAACACCUACUCCAAUCAGAUUUAAGGUAUCCGAUUGGAUUUCUGAGCGAUGGAAUGGUUGUGCCGCAACAGGCGAUUAUGGGUCAAGUGGGACAGUUUGGACAGGUUGGACAAGUGCAACCAUUACUGUCUUCGACUCAGAUGCAGCAGCAACAUGCGGCUGCCCAGGUCCAGCAAGUUCAACAGCAAGUUCAGCAGCACCAACUCCAGCAAGCACAAGCUCAAGCUCAAGCACAAGCUCAAGCUCAAGUUCAAGCACAAUCUCAGCAAGCACAGCAACCUCAUUCUCAUCAAUCUCAGUCCCAAUCUCAGCUUCAGGAAGACCCCGACGUCAAAGAUGAAGGCGAGAAAGGACUUCUUUCCAGAAUACCGCCUCUUCAUGUUCAGCAGCAAAUCGUCAACCAGCUGGCUCAAAUCGUUAACCAGCUGCCAGAAGAAGAUUCUCAACCAAAGGACCAUAAUGGUGAGCAGAUGCUCCAGCUGCUUUGUUCGCGGUGCAAAAAGGAGUUUUUUCAACCGGUAAUCAUUCCCCAGGCACCUUCUGGGGGCAGAAACUCCAAAGCAUUGGCUGAACCCAAGCUUUUCAGAUUGUGUCAGCAUUGCAGAGACCUCCAGCGCCAAAGACUGAGACGGUGGCAGAAAAAAACCAGAGACAAGUCAGGAGCCUGUCGUCGUUGUGCCAAUGAGAUUCCUCGCGACCAACAAAAGUAUGUACUUUGUCCCACUUGUAGACAAAGUCUUCGGUCGAGAAAAGCUAAUAGGGCAGCCCUGGGCCGGUGCGUGCACUGCUCGGGUCCGCUUUCAUCUUCCAUCAUCACAUCGGAAACUAAUGGCAAUAAUAAGCCCAAAUUCAAGGUGUGCGAACGGUGUCGAGAAAACGACAAAAUUCGUCGAAGCAACCUUGAAAAAUUGGGCAAUUGCAAUCGGUGCGCCAAACCUUUGGAUCAGGAAGAUGUAGGCAAGCAUAAGGUUUGUGUCAAUUGCAGACUGCGCAAGCGUCGUCAACACCAAAAUUCCGUCAGUCCUCCUCCAUCGGCUCUCAAUGAUACUAUUAUGAUGAUGCCAAUGAAUGGAUUUGGAUACCAGCAACAACAAUACCCAAUGGUGCACAUGCCUCCACAACCACAGCCUGUAACCCAUGGGCAAUAUCCACAAACCAACGAAUGGCGCCUGUCUUAUCUGGGCCGGGUUCUGGACUUUAACAUGGUUCGGCAAGCACCGCAGUGA